GUUAAAAAUGAAGUCAGAUAUUUGGGUAUAAUAAUUUCAAAAGAUAAAAAAGUUAGAGAAACAUCCAACAUAGAAAAUAUCAUUCAGAAAAAUAGAACUAUUCUUAACAGUUGGCUUCAAAGAGACUUAUCUGUUUUUGGACGCAUUUUACUUACUAAAAUGCAAAGUUUGUCAAGACUUACCUACCCAGCCUACUCACUGGAUAUACCCGACAAAUUAAUUAAGAAGAUCAAUCAAGAUAAUUUCAAUUUUAUAUGGAAAAAUAAAUAUCAUUAUAUAAAUAAAAGCGAUACAGUGAAACCUGCCAAAGAAGGGGGGUUAAAUGCCAUUGACUUUGACCCAAUGAAUGGUACCAUCAAAUUAAAAUGGUUACAAAAUUUUAUUAUAAAAGGUGAUAAUUUCUGGUUUGAUUUCCCCUUCAAAAUCUUCAAAAUGUUUGGUGGUAUACAUUUCUUGUUAAGAUGUGACUUCAACAUUUCCAAACUACCGAUUAAGCUUUCAGCUUUCCAUCAACAGGUUCUUCAAUACUGGAAACUCAUAUACAAACAUAACUUUACUCCUCACACUGUCCCAAUAUGGAAUAACAGAAGUAUAUUAAUUAAGAGAAAAUCUUUUUUCUACGGUGAAUGGAUGGAAAAGGGUGUCUGGUCGAUUGUUCAUCUAUUAGAUAAUUAUGGUAACUUCUUAACAUAUGAUGUCUUCACCAAGAAAUACAAUUUGAUGUGCUCUGAGAGGCAAUUUAAAACUGUAAUUCAGGCAAUCCCACAAGCCCUGAUCACUUUAGUAAAAGGCAUGUUAACAUACUCUGUGGUUAUUCCAAGAGAGCCCACUUUAACCAUAGAUGCGUAUCAUUUCUUAGAUAAAAAUAAAUUGAAUAAUACAUUUUUUAGAAAUGUUCUCACUUCGAUCUGCUUCCCCUCACCUUUCAAGAGAAAACAUAUCUUCGAGAAAUUCACCAGCAGUUGUUUAGUGAAGAUAAGAACCAGUUACCUUUCUUUUCCUAUUUCACCGAAGGUAAAAGAAGUUCACUUCAAAGUGAUGAAUGAGAUUUAUCCAUGUAACAACUUCUUGCAUCAAAGAUUUAAUAUGGAUGUGAAUGUUUGUACUUUCUGUAAUUCUGACAUUGAAACCGCAGAACAUCUCUUCUUCUCUUGUAGUGUAACCCAGACUUUCUGGGAUGCUUUCCAGUACUGGAUCAUGUAUGAUACACAAAAUAUUCCAAAUUUAACAUAUGAAUACAUUAAAUUUGGACUUCAAAUGGAGAACAGAAAAACGGAGUUUGGAGUGAAUAAUCUGAUUUUAAUGGCCAAAUAUUUCAUACAUAAAUGUCGAUUUCUAAAAACAUCCCCUGUUUUUAAUGCCUUUCGAAAUGAUAUAAUUCUGCAUAAACAAUCCCUGAAAUGUUGCAAAACAAAAAAAGCCCUAAAUUUGCAUGAAUACUUAUGCAAACUUAUUCCCUAGUGUCUACUGCUGAUCACAAAUGAUUUGCUCUUAUCAUCCGAUCGUGGUUGUAUCUCUCUAUUAGUGUUACUCGAUCUUAACGCUGCAUUUAACACCAUUGACCACAACAUUCUUUUGAAUAGACUAGAAAACUAUGUUGGCAUUAGUGGAAUUGCACUAGCAUGGAUUAAAUCAUAUUUAUCUGACCGUUAUCAGUUUGUAGCAGUAAAUGAAGAGAUGUCUUAUCGAUCACAAGUUCAGGAUGGCGUACCACAAGGCUCAGUACUAGGACCGCUGCUGUUCACCCUG